AUGAAAAUUUCAGUAUUCCUCUAUCUCUGUACUUUGUACUCCGUUGCUUCUGCCGGUACAAUGAAGCCAUUUUGGGCUUAUUUACCAGUUAAUAACACUCAAAAGUCGUUCACUGGUAUCUCUUCUACAAUUAAUAUGCAUUAUGGUAACACUACUGGUUUAUUUAUGGCUACUCUGACCGAAUUUCAAAAUUCCAAAGUUGCUUAUUUUGGAUUCCAACCACGCCCUGGUCCAAAGGGUAGAGUUUCUUAUAGUGUUUUCGGAGAAGGUACCUAUACUAGUCACCACCUCUGCUAUCCAGGUGCCGAUGCCGGUCCUGGUGUUACCUGUCAACUGGACUUUGAAUGGGUCCCUGGAAGAAACUACACACUCUCUAGUAAUUUAGUUGAAACUCUUGACAAUAAAUCCACUGUUUGGCAGGGAUGGUGUCGUGAUGAUGUUACUGGCGAAAGGACAGACAUUGGUCGUUAUACUGUUGACGCAUCGUUUGGAUUAAUUAAAAAUUAUGCAGCCCAAUGGCUUGAACAAUACUUACCACCAAAUAAGGAAUACCAUCAACCAUUAUUUUGCACUCCUGAGGCCGGAUAUUCUACUUGGGUUCCUACUUUUUAUAAUAAUGGGAAAGAGUAUGAUGUUUGGGCUUAUUAUUAUGGUGCACCAUCGUCAGACCCUAAAAACCUUGACUAUUGUGAGAAACAACAAGGUAGAUCAGGUACAAAUGUCACUUUUAUUCCAGGUGAAAGAGGGUACACUAUUCAAGAAGGUCUCUUCUCUCAUUUAUACCAUUAA